AUGGCCAUUUAUUCUCAUCAUCCUCUUCAUCACCAUCGCAAAUCUAAUGAGUUCUCAUCCGGUAGGAAGACAGGCGAUGAUGUAGAUGGUGACGUUGGGAGUGAUAAUAAUGAUGAUAGCUUAAUGAUCAUUCUGUGGCCUUCCUUGCCUGCAUCAACUUUGCAAAGACCAUCAAGUGGACUGUCACCUGUAUAUUUAAAUAUCCACAAAUCAUCUAACGAUGUUCAGUGGUAUCACAGUUUAUUGAAAACAGCAGCACUGCGACGUAACAGCAGUAGCAACAUCACCAGCAGUGUAUCAAACAUUCAGUUGACACCUUCGAAAUUCAGCGCUACAUCAGUCAGGCAGCACAGUGAUUUUGAAAAACUGGUUCAUAAUUUGCUACUAUCAACUGAUGGGCAUCUGUCAUCCUUCGCAUCAGCAGCUUCAACAUCGGCUUCAUCAUCGUCACCUGCCACAACCACACGUUCCACGACGACCACCACCGCGCAUGCACUCUGGAAAGAUCCUCUGCUCCUUCCAUCCAAACAACCUCUCACUCACUCCAUUCUCACCAUGCACAAUCCAGAGUUAGAAAAAGUUGCCAGGGACAUUUUUGAUACUAUAUUGAAAUUUAUGCUCCUACCGUUGGACUCCAUUGAUAUGGAUAAGAAGGUUGGUCUGGUUCAGUCGAUCUUCGAACUCUGCAUUCGUAAUCAUCAAUGUCUGAAGGAUGAGCUCUACUGCCAGCUCAUCAAACAAACCGCUCACGUGGUCAGCCACAUACAAUCUCAACAACAGCAUCACAAAACUUUGGGGACGUUACUUUGUGGUGGUCAUCAUUGGUUCUUGUGCGAUUCAUCUCCAACAUCACCUCUCAACUCCACCAUAGAAUCAUCUGACCUCAAGUUAACCUCUCCAAACAGCCAAUCAGAAUCUUCCAUUCAAGCUUGGCAGUUAUUGGCCAUGGCUAUCCCGUUAUUUUUGCCGGCGAGGUGUUCAAUAAGAUGGCUACUGAGAACCUAUCUGCAAAGAAGCUCCGAUAGCAAGUCGGAGUCAGGGAAAUUUGCUUCAUUUUGUGAGAGGGCAGUGGAACGCACGAUGAAGAAUGGUCCCAGAUGCCACCCACCAUCCCACUUGGAGGUCAUAUCCGUCUUGUCUCACAACCCUUACCACCACUCGCAACCCAUCAGCAUUCCCAUCCAUCUUCCAAACAAUUCUUACCAGGUUGUGAGUUUCGAUGGUUCAACUACCAUACUGGAACUGUUGAAGACAUUAAAUGAGCAGCUGAAUAUGAGGUCACACACACAGUCAGGCUAUGCACUGUUUGCCUGUAACUCUAAUGCUCAAGAACAACUUAUAUGCUGCCACGAUUACAAGACAAAGAUAUGCGAUGUCUUGUCAUUUCUGGAAGCUAAAUUCAAUAUGAACAGCAAGAGCAAGCACGAUAGGAAUCCUGUGAAACUCAUUUAUAAAAAUAGGUUGCCUUACGUUACAUUAUCUGAACACGAUUGUUUCAGAUUGUACAUGAGGCACAAUCUACAGCACGAAACAUCGAAAGAGAUGUUGUUGUGCUGUUACCAACUCAAUGAGCAGAUCUGCAGUGCAUUCAUGCCUAUCAGCUGGUCCCUCGCCGUCGAACUGGCCGCGUUGAUGGCCCAAAUUGAAUUUGGUGAUAUAAAGAUAUCGUCAGACGUUAAACCAGCAAAAACAUCAUCGACUUCAUCUUCUUCAUCGUCAUCAUCGCAUCUCAUCAUCUUGGCGCAGGUCAUUGAGAGAUUUUUUCCUCAACAUCUUCUAUCUGAAUAUUCAGCUGAUGUCAAGAAGAACAGAGACUCAAUGGAAUCGAGGCUUGUCGACAGUUGGUUCAAAUUGCGAGGUAAGGCAUCGAGUGAUUGCGUGCGCGUUUAUCUGACGGUGCUUAGGAGGUGGGAGUUCACUGGGGCUGCCAUGAUGCAUGUUAAAUCGAUCAGAAGUGAGGGAGGUGGUGUUGAGGAUGUCAUAUUGGGCGUUCAUUGUGACGGUGUUUGUGUCCUACACUGCAAAACGCUGUCGAUCGUCAUCACCUUCGUCCUUCCAUGUGACCUCAUCUUCAUCUUCCUACAAACGCCAUUCCUUCAUCGUCAGCAAAAGCCAAGCUCAAGAGAUUACCAACUUGAUGGCUGA